AUGGCGUACGGGCGAUAUCAACGUGUCGCGUUGACAUUUUUGCUUUGGGGGUUUUCGUUUGUCCAUUCAUCUUUGAUUGACUAUUCCUGCCAGAAUUGGGAAGGAUAUGGGAAAUUUUUGGAUGUAACGUUUGGUGAUCAACCUUCGCUGUCAAAAGCCAGUUGUGACCAGGAUGUGGAGUUAGAGACAUUCUCGGACUCCCCGCCACGAGUUCGCUACUCACAAGCGGUAAGGAUUUUAAUAAAACUUCAUGGAUGUUUGAAGCUUGUCGCUGAACUGGAGAGGGGUGGAACCUCUUCACUAAAUAGGAGUAACAUUGCUAAGUCUUACUGAAAUCAUAUGGCACAGCUGUACGUAUUGUACAAUUUGUAUCAGAAAAGCUCGACUUAAAAAAUUAUAAUUUGCAUUAUGCAUCUCACAAUGUUGAUAGAGAAGUCGUCAACUAGUCCGACACGAGGUGCCAUAGAGAGUGUCACUAAUAUUUGUAUGACAUUUUGGUGUCUACUGUAAUCUAUGACUUUACAGACCCAAGGAAACAAGUAAAUCUAUUUGUUUUAUAUGAUAACAAAGGAAUAUUUUAACCCUUUGACCCCCAAAGAGUGACCAGCAUCCAAUUUCUCCCAACGUCAUCACCAAACAUGAAUCAAACAUUUAGGUUACAAGAAUAGAGAAAAUGAUAAUCAACUUAAGGAGUUCUUGAUUGUUGAACAAAUUCUCCUCGUCAGCACUGAAGGCAAUGCAUAGAGAACAGUACAGAGAAUAUGCAUUCUUAUAUUAGGGUGUUAAAGGUUAAUGGUAAUGCCAUCUAUCCUCCAUUAUAUAAUAAGCUCAGUUAUUCACACAUUCUGAUUGGUUCUCACUUAUGAUCUAUUAGAGGACAGACAUCUAAAUGACAUCAUGUGUUUGUACAUCAUGUGUUUGUACAUCAAAGGUGGAUUCCCUAUUAAUAUUUUCCCUUUGCAUGCUUUUGUGCCAGAGAGUGUGAUUUUCUGACAUACAUGUAGAUAUGUCAGCCCUAAAUUUGUUCAUCUGUCCAUUGUUCAUUUGAUGGGUUCCUGAUGUGCUACUUGCAUGACUCAAUCUUUUAUCUUUCUACCUUUGUCUCUGUUUUCUUUUGCAAUUUUCACUGCUUCUUAUUUACUUGGGUUAUGUUUCACCCUUGUAGUUCAUUUCUGAAAAGGCUGAGAAUGCAAACUUAUAAGACUCAACUUCUUUAUUGCCUGCUUGUGCUCUCAAAUUUACAUGGAGCUUGUUGACCUUGUUUAGUUUAGAUUUCAAUUCCAUUGCUAAUUUGUUUACAUCACUAGCUUUUAAUGCAUCUGUAGUGAAAUUUCACUCAAGCUCCCACAAGAUCACGCUCUGCUUUCUUUUAAGCUUAGAUCUGAUUUAAAAUCUUCAUUGAUUACAAUGUUUGCCCUUACAUUGUAUCAUAGGCUUUUUGGGAUGUGCCUUCUCGAGAUGAGCUUGUAAGAGUCGAAGAGAUUUCUUUUCCAGUAGUGUCAGGGAUCUCUAGACUCCAUUUCAUUAGUGCUUCACUUUUGGUACACAGUCAAUUUCCUCCAUCUCCCCAUCAUAUUCUGAUUGAUUAGAAAGCGUCGAAUGCCUCGUAGUCAUAUAGUCACUAUCCAACUUUGAGUCUCAAGAUGAUAUGGCUUUCUUUAGGUGCUUUAUGGAAGGUCCUUGGCAUUUAAAGAAAGGAAAAUCCCCAAAAUCAUUUCCUGUCUUGACAAUGUGUCUUUAAGUUUUUCUUUGCAGCAGUGUAGCAUGGUUCCUGGGGUGACACAACAACAUUCCCCAAUCCAGGGCCGAAGAUGCACCUUCAUGGACAUGAAAAAUUUUAAGCUUUCACAGCUUGAAGAAUUGCAAGGUUUUAUGCAAUUGCAAUAAUUCUUUCACUGCGAUGAUCAGUAAACAAGGAAAUUUCUUUUAUUGUAAAAAAAAUUUGGGGGGUUAGUGGCACUUAAACAAGCUUAGAAUUGCUGAAUUUCUAAAUUUUAUGUGAGCUCUAGCUUUCAAAGUUUUAAACUACAAUAAGAAACUUGGGGCUUUCAACUAAGCCGAUGUGAACCCGAAGAUCAGCAAAAAGCAACAAUUUUUUUACAUUAACUGCAAUGGUUCAAAGCUUUCAGACAUUUCUACACUUUUUUUAAAAUUUAAAAUAUGCAUAGAAUUGUGCAGGGCCCCCUGAGAUAAAAAAUAACACACGUACACUUCAUGAUUGACUAUUCCUGUUGGGCUGAAACCAAAUGUACUUUUAGUGCAUGUAGGCAACAAGUAAAUAGUCUCCAAACUUACUGCAUUCUUGAGUCUGUGCAAGGCCAAGAAACCCUGGAAGUAAUAUAGUUUGUAUGUCAUGAACUACCUAUAUAUGAUGUGAUUGUACAUUAUUUCAAGGUGCUUAUCAAUAUUUUACUUGCAGAAUAUUUAAUCUCUAUGUAAAGUUCUGAUUUUAAUAAGUGAAGUUAGAAGUUAUCAUGCUUAAUUAUAUGUCAAAAAUUUAUUUUAGGUUUCUGUUAAGAAAUAUUUGAUAGCAAUGGUAGAUCCUGAUGCUCCCUCUAGAGAAAGCCAUAGUUGUAGAAGCUGGCUUCACUGGAUUGUUGGUAACAUUAAAGUGAGUAGAAUAUUACACUAAUCUGUUUUACAAAAAUUGUUUUUUAACCUCCUAGGUAGAGUUAUUACUAUCAUUAAAAUUGUGUGUUUGUUUUGUGUUACUUACUUGUUGAUUACUGUUGUCCUCUCCUAGGGAGAUGACUUAAAAAAAGGCAAUAUUAUAGGUGACACUUUCACAGGUAAACAUGAUUGUGUGCAUGGCCUGUGUUUAAACCAAAAUCAGUGUUAAAAGCACUUUGGACCUUGAGUCAAACUAUGUUCUAGAAUGAAGUCAUUUGAUUUUGAACCCACUUCAGUCCCCCCAAAAAAUAUACCAGUAUACCUCUUACUAAGUGAGUUUGUACCAUUCUGUAAGUUAUGGACCAAGUUGUUUCUGCUCUGAUUUAUAGCCUAAAUGUGAAACUAUCUGUCAUUAUACUUCUUUUGUAUCACCCUUUUACCAGUGUUACUACAUUUUUUUCUGCAUCCUGCUUGCUUUUGGUCUAUGAUCUCUUAUUACAGUCUAUCUUUCAAACAUUUUGCAGGUUACAACCCGCCUACUCCACCCUCAAGAUCUGGUCCACACAGAUACUACCUGUUUGCAUUUGAACAAAAGCAUUCCUUAGAUGACAGAGCAGAGGUUGGCAAACGUUGCCAGUUCUCUGUUGAUGAUUACAAAGAAAAAAAUGACUUGACUCCUGUGGCCAUGAACAUGUUCCAAACAGUUAAUAAUUCUUAAGUUUACUCUAUGGAAUUGUCAUACAUUUGAACUGAGAACAGAAGCCAAGUACUCAAUUCAUGGUUCUACAUUUGGUUUUUAUCAUUUUCCGAGGCACAGAGGGACAUGGUAUUUGGAAAUUUGAUUUCUGCCAAACAUGAAAAUCAAAGUUGUAAAUAUAACAGCUCAUUUACAUCAGGAAGUGUUGUGCUUUAAAAUAUUACAAAAUAUUCUAUAGGAGAAACCAAGAUAAAUCUUAAAUGCAGGAACUCAUAAGAUGAGACUUACUAAUGGUAAAAUUAUUUAUUAUUUACAAUAUUAUUUGUAAAGAAAGUGAUACAGUAUCUAGAACCCUGCUAACUCAAACAAAAAAUGGUUCAUGUUAGCUGAGUAAAUGACUGAAAAAAGGGGUCAAGGAAAAUCAGAUCUUUUUU